GAAUGGAAGUCCCGCCUAUGCUGGCGUUUCCUCAAAGUGAUCUUGUAACACCGGUAUCGCGGACGGAAAGACUGCAGACCGGCUGUUUCCAUGAGCCAAAGGAAGUUUUGGUUGAAACGAAAGGUUUCCUCCAUUGCCAUGGCUGUAUAGUCCUGUAGUGUCUGUCAUGGCCAUUGGAACGCAGCUCUACCUGCUGCUGUGGAAAAACUUCACGUACCGCAGGAGGAACAAGGUCCAACUUGUUGUUGAACUUCUAUGGCCACUCUUCCUCUUCCUCAUCCUCAUUGCUGUCCGCCAAUCACACCCACCGUACAAACAGAGCCAGUGUCAUUUUCCUAACAAGGCGCUUCCUUCGGCUGGCACACUAGCAUGGAUUCAGGGCAUUAUAUGCAAUGUCAACAACCCCUGUUUUCAUCAGCCUACAGCAGGGGAAACACCCGGGCUCGUGAGCAACUUCGACAACUCCAUACUUUCUCGACUUUUAGUCGAUAUGAGGACCGUCCUGACAAUCAGUGGCAACCGAACAACCUUCUCUGGUCUUCAGGACCUGUCAAAGACAAUCCAAAGACUCGGGGAAAGACCAGAUGCCUGGCCAAAUCUUCCAGUGGGAGAGUAUCUCAGAGCCAAUGAAAGCUUCUCCUCUUACCUGCGGACAAACACUAGCAUCCCCUCAGCAUUUGUUGAGCAGUUACUGAGGGCACGACUGAACCUCCAAGUGGUUACCUUAGCAGGAGAAGGAGUGCGUCUGUCUGACAUUGUCUGUAAUGCUUCACUCUUGAGCCGAUACCUCACCGUUGAGGAAGGAGAUUCUUUUCCUGAACUGCAGGGGGCGCUGUGUGUUGUGCCCUCAGAUAUUAUGCAGAAGGCAGAGCAAAUCUUCCUCUCACAGCUGGACUUCAGCAAGAUUGUUACGAGAGACAGGCUGCAGGCAAAUGCAGCUGAUUUCCGGAUCAUCAGUCGGGCUGUGUCCUCUGCUUCUCAGGAACUGGCAUCAAUUAUGGAUGAUAUCUCUUCUCUGUCCAGUUUCUCAGAGCUGAACUCAGAGAUAAGGCUUCUAACACCUGAAAACCGCUCGGUACUGCCACGCGAGAGCUUUCGAGCCUUCUCCAGAAUCAUGUGUGGACACCCAGAGGCAGGAGGAGAGAGAAUCCCUUCAUUCAACUGGUAUGAAGAUCAGGACAUCAAAUCUUUUCUGGGCAGAAACGCAUCAGAGGAGACAAGUCUUGAAAAUGACAACAGCACCACUUCAUUCUGUGAAAACUUGAUCCAAAAUCUGGAGUCGAACCCUCUGUCACGGAUUGUAUGGCGUGGCAUCAAACCACUGUUCAUUGGAAAGCUGCUGUACACACCAGACACGCCAAUCACUCGCACAAUCAUGUCAGAGGUGAACAAAACCUUUCAGGACUUCGAGAUUUUAAAGGAUGUUCAUGAAGCUUGGCAGGAGGUCGGACCCAGAAUCAAAACGUUCAUGGAGAGCAGUGUAGAAAUUCGGCUUCUGCAGGAUCUUCUGAGAAGGCCUGAGGUGGCUGUAAUAGUGAACAUGCGUCUGGAAAACACCUCUUGGACGGCCUCUCGUAUUGCCCGGUUCCUCUCAACGCAGGACCCAGAUACACCCCGUAAGGAUGGAGCUCAGCUAACCUGGUUCGAUCUGUACCAGGAUUUAAACAACACCUUCACCACUCUCUCAGAGCUCACAAAGUGCUUUUCUUUGAAUAAAUUGGAGGGUCUGACCACAGAGGGUGAGAUGGUAGAACGAGCUCUGGAGUUGCUGGAAGAUCGUCAGUUCUGGGCUGGAAUCGUCUUUCUCCUCCCGAACUCUUCAUCAUCCGUACUGCCUCCACAUGUCAAGUACAAGAUCCGCAUGGACAUAGAUGAUGUCACCCGCACAAACAAGAUCAAAGACAAAUUUUGGGACCCAGGCCCGGCUGCCGAACCGUUCAGUGACAUGCGCUAUGUUUGGGGUGGUUUUGUUUAUGUACAGGAUUUAGUUGAGAGAGCCGUGACACGCUUGCUCACUGGUAAAGAGGCCAAAACGGGAAUAUAUGUGCAGCAGAUGCCUUACCCCUGUUUUGUUGAUGAUGUAUUUAUCCGUGUGCUGAAUCGUUCUCUGCCUCUGUUUAUGACACUGGCGUGGAUCUAUUCUGUGGCCAUGAUCAUCAAGGGUGUUGUCUAUGAGAAAGAGGCUCGUCUGAAGGAGACCAUGCGCAUCAUGGGUCUGGGCUCAGGGAUGCUGUGGUUCAGCUGGUUCAUCAGCAGUUACCUGCCCUUCCUGUUUAGUGCUGCACUCCUUAUCGCCGCCCUUAAGUGGGGAGAUAUUUUACCCUACAGUGACCCGGCUGUUGUGUUCUUCUUCCUGGCUGCGUUUGCUACAGCCACCAUCAUGCUUUGCUUCCUCAUCAGCACGUUCUUCUCACGCGCUAACCUGGCAGCAGCGUGCGGAGGACUUAUUUACUUCACACUUUACCUGCCGUAUGUGCUGUGUGUAGCCUGGAGGGAAUAUCUGACCAGCACACACAGGAUCUUAGCGAGCUUCCUGUCUCCUGUGGCCUUUGGUUUUGGCUGUGAGUAUUUCUCUCAGUAUGAAGAGCAGGGUGUGGGGAUCCAGUGGUUUAACUUGAAAUCCAGCCCCAUGGAGGGAGACACCUACAGCUUCAACACCUCCAUCAUGAUGCUGUAUGCAGAUGCUCUAAUCUAUGCACUGGCCACUUGGUACAUUGAAGCUGUCUUUCCAGGGCAGUAUGGCAUUCCCAGACCUUGGUAUUUUAUCUUCCAGCUGAAUUACUGGGGUGGGGUUCCCUUAGAGUUGGGAUUACCCAUUCCUCCAGCACCUAGAGAGGAACAAGAUGCCCGGAUUGAAGCUGAGCCAACAAAUCUCAUUCUGGGAGUUUCUAUAAGAAACUUAGUCAAGAUUUAUAAAAAGGGGGCCAAGCUUGCUGUUAAUCAUCUUAACAUAAAGUUCUACGAGGGCCAAAUAACAUCUUUUCUGGGUCACAAUGGAGCUGGCAAGACAACCACAAUGUCCAUUCUAACAGGAUUGUUUCCUCCUACCGCUGGUACCAUAUACGUGAAGGGAAUGGACAUUCGCUCAGAUAUGGACAUCAUCCGCAGGACUCUGGGUGUUUGUCCCCAGCACAAUGUCCUCUUUGACAUUCUUACAGUGGAGGAGCAUGUGUGGUUUUAUGGUCGAAUGAAGGGCAUGAGCUUGGAGGAGGUGAACAAAGAGAUGAAUUCCCUUCUGGAGGAUGUGGGCUUGCAACAUAAACGAUUUGAGCAGACCAAAAACCUUUCAGGUGGCAUGCAGAGGAAACUGUCGGUAGCAAUUGCUUUCAUAGGUGGGUCGAAGGUUGUGGUUUUGGAUGAGCCUACAGCUGGUGUGGACCCUUACUCACGCCGUGGGAUUUGGGACCUUUUGCUUAAAUACCGUGAAGGCCGCACCAUCAUUCUGUCCACACAUUACAUGGAUGAGGCUGAUCUCCUCGGUGAUCGCAUUGCAAUCAUUUCCCAGGGAAAACUGUGCUGCUGUGGAACGCCACUGUUCCUCAAAGCACGUCUUGGUACAGGAUACUACCUAACGCUGGUGAAGAGAGAGAUGCAUAGGACACCCAGCAACACCAGCAGUGGCAAAAUCCCUUCAGCUGCAAGUCCCAAAGAUAGUGAUUCCUCUGUGAGUGAUGACACGGGCCUGGGCAGUGAAGAGAAUGGAUUUGAUGUUGCAGCUCUAAUGGCUCUUGCACAGCAGUAUGUUCCUGAUGCUCAGCUGGUGGAGGACAUAGGCCGGGAGGCUGUCAUCAACCUGCCCAAUGCUGCAUCAGAGGAUGGCACUCUUGCUCUGUUCUUGAAUGAACUGGACAAACGGCAGGGCGAGUUUGGUGUGGUCAGCUACGGGUUGUCAGACACCACGCUAGAGGAGAUCUUUCUGCGUGUGGCAGAGGAGACUGGUGUGGAUGCAGACCCAGAAGAUCCGCCAGUGUCUCAAGAACCCCAGGGAGCGCCAUCUGAGGACAGAGAUGCGGCACGGAAACGGUCAAUCAGGAAAGAGGCUCAGGAGACAGAUCCGCUGAGCGGGGAUGGUCAGAGCGACAGCGCUCCUCUCACAGGCUGCUUCCACACAUGUCAGCAGCUUCGAGCACUUUUCACCAAAAGACUGAAGUACGCUUUCCGCAGUCGCAGAGGGAUUUUUGCACAGAUUGUUUUGCCUGCUGUUUUUGUUCUUAUUGCUCUACUGUUCAGUCUCAUUGUUCCACCGUUUGGGAAAUAUCCAUCGCUGGAGCUCCAGCCGUGGAUGUAUGGAGAGCAGUUUACCUUCUUCAGCAAUGAUGCCCCACAGGACCCAGCCAUGCAGAACCUCCUAAAGGCCCUUCUGGAUCCACCUGGGUUUGGGACUAAGUGUAUGCAGCCAAACGGAGACACUGAGUGUUUAGCAAAAGCUGAAACAAAGUUUGUCCGGCCUCAAAUUCCAUACAGUAUGUGGCAGCUCUUUCAUAAUGGCAACUUUAGCAUAGAGAAACCUUCCCCUGAAUGUGAGUGCAGUACUGAGAAAAUCCGCAGGAUGCUGCCCGAAUGUCCAGAGGGAGCAGGAGGAGUCCCUCCGCCUCAGAUGCAACAAAUCACAGGUGAUAUCCUGCAAAACUUGACAGGCCGCAACAUUUCAGACUACUUAAUCAAGACAUAUCCUCAGAUUCUGAAGAAAAGUUUAAAGACAAAAAAAUGGGUUAAUGAAUUUAGAUAUGGAGGUUUCUCUCUUGGGGCUAAAAGCUCUCUAACUAUGAGUGAGCCACAUCAUCUGGAGGAGUCUGUUUUGGCUAUUAGGAGACGGUAUAACAUUGCAGAGAAUGGCUCUUUAGAUCAGCUCCUUCAAAGACUACCAGAUGUGCUUUCAGGACUCACCAGCCAAAACAAUGUGAAGGUCUGGUUUAAUAAUAAAGGAUGGCAUGCCAUGGCGUCGUUUGUGAAUAUUAUGAACAACGGUCUUCUUCGUGCCAACCUGCCACCCAAGACAGAAAGACGCAAAUAUGGAAUAACAGCCUACAAUCACCCUCUCAACCUCACAAAGGAGCAGCUGACAGAGAUGGCCCUGAUGACCACCUCUGUGGAUGUUCUGGUGUCCAUAUGUGUUAUUUUUGCCAUGUCCUUUGUUCCUGCUAGUUUUGUCCUGUUCCUUAUUGAGGAACGGGUCAGUAAAUCAAAACACCUGCAGUUUGUCAGUGGAGUGAAACCCAUCCUGUACUGGACCACCAACUACGUAUGGGACAUGGUAAACUAUACAGUACCGGCCACUAUGGUGGUCUUCAUCUUUAUCAGCUUCCAGCAAGAAUCAUAUGUAUCUGAGAAGAAUCUGCCUGCACUGGUGCUUCUACUGUUGCUGUAUGGUUGGUCUAUCACUCCGCUUAUGUACCCAGCAUCCUUCAUCUUCUCCGUGCCCAGUACUGCCUAUGUGGUGCUCACCUCCAUCAACCUCUUCAUUGGCAUCAAUGGCAGCGUGGCCACAUUUGUCCUGGAGCUCUUUGUUGAUGAGCAUUUGAACGAGGUCAACAGGAUCCUGAAGAAGGUCUUUCUGAUAUUUCCUCACUUCUGUCUGGGUCGAGGUCUCAUAGACAUGGCUAAAAACCAGGCCAUGGCAGACGCAUUUCAGCGGCUUGGAACUAAACAGAAUCUGGAUCCUUUAUCCUGGGAUUUUGUUGGGAAGAACCUGUUUGCCAUGGCGAUGGAAGGGAUUGUGUUCUUCCUCUUUACUGUUCUCCUGCAGUAUAAGUUCUUUGUUAAUUUUAGUCGGUGGUCAGGCUUUGUUCUGCCCCCGCUGGGCAUGGAGGACGAAGAUGUGGCGAGAGAGAGGGAGCGUGUGAAGAACGGUAGAGCGCUUGGAGACAUUCUCAUCCUCUCAGACCUUAGCAAGGUAUACAAAGCAGGUAGAAAGCCAGCAGUGAAUCGGCUUUGCUUGGGCAUUCCUCGAGGAGAAUGUUUUGGGCUUCUUGGUGUUAACGGAGCUGGGAAAACCUCGACCUUCCGUAUGCUAACAGGAGACACCCGGAUCACAUAUGGAGAAGCGUUUCUUAGCAACCAAAGCGUUCUUACAGAAAUGGAGAAGGUUCAUCAGCUGAUGGGCUACUGUCCUCAGUUUGAUGCCAUCAUUGACCUGCUGACGGGACGAGAGCACUUGGAGUUUUAUGCUCGCCUCAGAGGAGUGCCCGAGUCUUAUGUUGAAAAGGUGGCACAAUGGGGAGUUCAGAAGCUCGGUCUGAGUCAGUAUGCUGAUCGAGAGGCUGGUGGCUACAGCGGAGGAAACAAGCGCAAACUCUCCACUGCCAUUGCUCUUAUUGGAGCUGCACCUGUCAUCUUCUUGGAUGAGCCAACUACUGGAAUGGACCCGAAGGCAAAGCGUUUCCUCUGGAACUGCAUCCUCAGUGUAGUCAAAGAAGGACGGUCUGUCGUACUCACCUCUCACAGUAUGGAAGAGUGUGAGGCUCUGUGUACCCGAAUGGCUAUCAUGGUGAAUGGCAGGUUCCAGUGCCUGGGCUCAGUUCAGCACCUGAAGAACAGGUUUGGAGACGGUUACACAAUAAUCCUUCGUCUGUCCACCCCAUCUGCAGAACCAUGCCCAGUGGACGCCUACAUCCAAAACGCUUUCCCUGGCAUCCAGCUGAAGGAGAGACAUCAAAAUGUUCUCCAGUACCAGCUUCCAUCACAAACCUGCUCACUCGCUCGUGUUUUUGAGGUUCUGUCAAAUAAUUAUGAGGAGCUGGGGAUAGCUGACUACUCUGUGUCACAGACAACACUGGAUCAGGUGUUUGUCAACUUUGCUAAAGAUCAGACAGAUGACGAUCAGCUCAGGGAGAUCACCAUAAACGGUGGUUCUGUGGCACUUCAGCCCAACAGACCUCAGCGGCCCACAGACCUCCAGCUAAGCAAAACCAGCAGGUCGUCCACACCACGCUCUCCCUCAACGACUUCGACCGAGCCUCAGUCAACCGGUUCAAAGACUAAGAAGAGCAAAUCAAAAAGUCCAUCGGUCUCAAAACAGCAGCAGCAGAUGCGGAUGGAGCCUGUUGGUGAGGCAGCUAAUGGAUCAAACCCCACUGAAGACCAGUCUCCUGGAAGAAAAGACCCGUCAGUUUUGUUUAUCGUCAGUAACAAAACGCAGGAAAGCAAAGUGUAAAUAGACAAAGACAUCUCUGGAACCAAACAGUGGUAAUGUGGGUCACCAGUAAGUCAUUCUUCCUCAGUGUUUGGUGCCUUGUUCACAUGUAAUUUAACUAAAAUUUACUUUAAAACAAUCAGAUAAUCAGCCAGUCUGGCUCUCCUGGUAGCUCCAUAACAAACGUGCAAAAAGCUGAGAUUGUUUAACUAGGUCUUGUUCUGAAAGCAGAAGAUAAUGCAUGACAAAAGUGUGUUUUAGCAGGAGUUCAUCUUCUCCUCUUUAACAUAACUGAUGCGUUAUUUUCUUGUCAGUUGCGCAUCUAUAUAGUGUUUGUGCGACCCACUACAGAUGCUAUUUUGCUGAAUGUUACAUCAUCUCAGACAGCUUUACUUUUUGAAUGUAAAGGUCAGAUGUGCAGUGUAGAGACCAUAUCAAACUCAAAGUCUGCCUUCACGUCCUCAAUAUUUAUAUUUAUUUCCUGAUUUUUAUUUCGAUUUUUGUACUGUUUUAGAAUUGAUUUCUCUGAUGCACUUUAGCUUAAAAUGAUUUGGAUAUUCUAGUCCAGAUUAUCCCUUUAUCUUUUCACAGCAAAGAUGUUACAAUGCUCAAAUGUAGCUUUUUAGCAUAUAUAGUAUGUAUAUACAUACAAUGUACAGUAUGGGUAAAGUGGAAAUUUACUGUAUUGUUUGCAAUCCUUAUUAUGUAUAUAGAGUUGAAAUGCUUGAAUAUUUAUAUAUAUAUAUACAUGUAUGUAUGGUUCAAUGAUGGAAAAGGUGUUUUUAAGAAUCAAAACAAUAAAAGCGUAAUUCAAGAAAAUAGAAA